AUGUCCUCAGGCUCGGGCUCGGAGCAGGCGAGUGGAAGCUACAAUGGGGACUCCAUGCAGGAGUCAGGAAUGUCAGGAAUCGCCGACAGGUACGGCUCCAACAUAAUGGACGAACCUGAUCAAGAUCAAGAGGAGGGCGCAGCUUCAAAGGAGGCAUCCUUCGAAGAGAAGGAAGCCACGGGCGCGUCCGAACUGAACAAGUACCUUUCCGUGUAUGAUCAGACAUUUGACAAAAUCCAGAUUCCUCCCGAUGUGGUGGAAGAGGUGCAAAACUGUCUGGCAGCCUUCAUCACGAUUAUGGGCGGCAAAGAAGCAGCGGGCGAGGCCAUUUACUCGGCAGUUUUCGAGGCCGCGCCCAGCCUUCAGGUGCUGUUCAAGACUCCAAGAUCUGUGAUCGCGCUUCGCUUUGUGACAGCGCUGUCUUCGCUGGUAUAUGCCGCCGGCAAGCCUGGGCAGCUCAAAACCCAAGUGGAGACCAUAGGCUUCCAGCACCUGGACAUUGAAGUCAGCAGUCCACGUGUGGACAUUUUCCGUGAAGCUAUUCUGGAACUUUUUGACCAGGAGCUCGGCCCAAGGCUUACCGAUCAAGCCCGAUUCGGCUUCCAGCUGUUGCUCAACUACACAGGAGGAGCCCUCAUUUACAUCAGACGAGAGUAUGCCAGCAGAAUUCGAAUCAUCCAGACCAGCUGGAAGUCUGCCAACAAAAAGGCGGCAGGAAUUUCGGACGUUGCAGAACCUGGAGAGAUGAAGACCCCCUCGGGGAGGUUGAAAGGCAAGUCAGGCGAAAUGGGAGAUGACAAUGACUCACUUGUGGGAGAUGCUGAUGGUGAGGGUGUGGCCAUCACAAAACAGACAGAUGGAAUGAUGGUUCCCAGUUCAUUCAACGACAUGUUUUUGUUCAACGCCGCUGUCAUGGGCUUGACCAACCAUGACUGGAUGACCUUGAUCCUGGACCAGCUUGAUGCCAUCGCGAACAACGUGGCCAACCCUUACCGUCUGCAGGAGGAAUGCGACGUCCUGGCUUUGGUUCUUUCGAAAUACCAGGGCACUUUCGUGCUCUCGGAGUUCAAAGCCGUGGUCCUGGCGUCUUUGCGAUCCUUAGUAUCCACUGAAUGGGAUUCCGAUCACGAAGUGGCCUGGAAUUGGCUUUGGCAGAACGUGGAGCGAUUGCUGAAACAAGUUCUUGGCAAGCCUCCAGUUCAUGAAAAAGCACUUUCGGAUUUGUUUAUGAGCCUUCCCGAAGCUUCGAUGGCCGCCAUUCGGCAAGAGUUUUUCUUACACUUCUUCAAAGUGGCGCCAGCUGGCUCUGACUUCUUUAAACAAUCGUCGACGAGACUGUACUUCAUCGCAGACAAGAUCAUAGAGCUCACCCUGGAGAUGUAUCGGCAGCCCCGUGCGAUGGUCGAGGAUAUCUCAGGGCUCGGGCUCCGCCACGUUGGAUAUUCGAUCCCAUCUGAACUGUUCUCGCCCUUCGUGACAUCUGCUGUGGAUGUGUUUCGGGAAAUCACCACGAGCGAGACGGCCAUAGCGGGGUUUCAAUGGUCCCUGACUCUGGUCUCCAAGAUCCUGGUAAGGGCAAUUUCAGAAGGAUCCACAGUUGUGAUGAAAGCGAUUAGCACAAAUGACGAGAUCAGCCUGAAGAAGGGCAUGGCCUUGUCGCCUCGGGGAAAGAGGGCCCAGGAUCUCCUCAACAUUUCGGUAGGUGCCCAGUCAAUCUCGCCCUUCUAUUGGUCCAUCAAGAGUGGAAACUUCAACAGCGCAAAAGCCAUACUGGACGACUUGCUGACAAUUCGAGCUGAUCGGGAUGUCUAUUACUUCGCGUGUGAUGACCUGUUUACUCGGCAUCCCGAUGUCGUGCAGUUCUUGAUCACUGAUGUGCCGGUGCUACUUCGUCCACUUUUCAGCGGCCUUGUCUGGAGAUCUCGGUGGAUCAACAAAGGCACCAGGCGAGUCAAUUACUACGUCAAGCACCUGGUUCAGGACUUGGAAGGGAACCCAAAUGAGACGCUCAGUUGGCUGGAAGAGCACGGCGAUCCCGAUAUCAUCAGCCAUCCUGCCGUAGUUUUCUUUUCAGAUAUCCUCUGGGACGGCAUCAGCAAGUUCCAUUUUCUGCGGGGUAGAGUCCACUUUCUUAUGUCCUUCAUCGUCUUCUUAGUCAGCCAGUCUGUUCUUUCAGCCGUGGAUGAUGCAGAUCGAUCUGAAGCCCUGCGAAUAGCUCUGUUCUCCUGCCGCAUCUUUAUUUAUGUGUUCUGCAUGAUGAAAAUGAUCUUCGACCAGAUCCGAAUGUUCUGCGCAGACUGUAGAGGAGGCUACGUGGAGCGGUAUUGUCGGAUACCGAUCCCGCACUACUUGCAGGAAUGGCAGGGCUUGGGUGGCUUGAUCCUUCUUUGGCUCCUGAUCAUUAUGGCAACGCAAGAGCCGAUGUUCUGGUGCCUGGGUGGGGACGAGACUCUCUUCACGACAGCUUGCGCUGAGGGCUUGGCCCGCAGGCGGAUUUAUUCUGUGUUUUCCAGUUUAGCAAUGAUUCUAUUCUGGGGCUUGCUUGUGAACCUCUCCGUCUUCUCAAUGCGCAUUUCUGCAUUCAUCCUUGUAUGUGGCCGAGUCCUUUCUGAGGUUGGCCUUUUCUUGUUGGCUUUCGUCUUCAUUAUCUUGGCUUCAGCCUCAUCCAUUAGCGCGCUGGAGCAAGGCGGCCAGAGUGAUGAGGACUUCUCAGGAAUUCCAUCGGGCUCGUUAACUUUGGCUGAGAUCGCCCUCAACAUCUACUCCGGGACGGCCCUGAACUAUCUCCGAAGUGAUAUGGUCUUGCUUUUUCUAGUCUACGCGUUCUGCAUCCUCGUCACCAUCUUCCUCGUGAGCUUGCUGGUGGCACAACUGAACCAAGCCUACCAGCACGGCUUCAAAGACAUGCAAGGCUUCGCACGCUUAAAUCGGGUUCACAUUAUUGUGUACACCUUAGAGAACAUGUCGAACAAGAGCUGGGCCCGUUUUCUGGAGUCUCUGCACUUCGACGAACGGCUUGAGUUCAACGAGGGCGAUGUCGGGGUGGCGGGAGGCAUUCAGGUGCUGGAGCCGGCCAGUCAGCACCCGACCAGUGUUGAGUCCAUCCGCCGCUAUGGGGGCUCGACUGCACCGACCAUGCCAUGGCCCGAAGAGCCAGGAGAUUACGGCCAGGAGGAUAAGUUCGAGAAGCUAGAGAAGCUGAUCAUCCGAACAACGAAGAACCUGAAUAAGGGACGCGAGAAGCACAGACGGCCUGGCGGCCAGAGUGGCGCCUCGUCUAUGGCCAUGUCAGAAGAGGCGACAGAGGACGCGGCCGAGGCAGAGGAGGGAGAUGACACCAUCCCGAAUGAGCAACCGGCUGAGGAGGACACAGACAAGAACAUCCAGAAGCAUUUGGAAGUGCAUGACGCCACCUUUGAGGAGGCGUUCCAUGUUGUCAUCCGGGUAUGCAUGAGAGAUCCGUGUACGGUCCACGCCUUGAGCAUGUGGGCUCUUGUGGAUGCCGAGGCGUAUUUUCCACUCGAUGUCAUGCAGGAAGUUCUUCCCUUACUCGAGGGUCUCAACUUCUGUGAACGGAUCGUAAUGCGAAACGGGGCUCUUGCGAGCGGGUUCACGGCUAAGGUCCAAGACGCCUGGCACGUUUUCAUUACCCAGCUCAGCGGUCGCGACUUGGCGCAACUUCGCGACGCAGCAGGAGAGGCAAUCUAUGCGGCAGUCUUCGAUGCGGCCCCAAGCCUGCAGAGUCUGUUCAAAACAGCCAGGUCAGUCAUGGCGAUGCGCUUCAUGAAUGGCCUUACCUCGAUCGUCUCAGCUGCGAACAAUCCGCAGUUGCUCAAGACACAAGUGGAGAGCCUUGGCUUCCAGCAUUUGGACCUGGAAGUGACCGUUCCGAGAGUGGGCAUCUUCCGUGAAGCUAUUGUGGAGCUCUUCGAAAUGGAAUUGGGCGUCCGCUUCUCGACAAAAGCUAAACUUGGCCUCCAGGCCGUGCUGAAUUAUGCAGGCGGCGCCUACAUUUACAUUCGUCGCGAGUAUGCCUCCCGAAUUCGGACAAUACAGCGAAGUUGGAAGACUGCAAACAAGUCUGCUCCUGGCGAGGAGGAUGGAGAGGAAGAUGCGGAGAAGUCCGGAGACCAGACACAGGAAGCCAAGCAGGAAGAGGAGACGCAGCCACAGCAGCCAGACACUACAGCCACACAUGAGGCUCAGUCUAAAGACGUCCAGGGUCAGCCGUCUAGCAAGACCAUGGCAUCCGGAAAAGACGGAAAGGCUCCAGUGAAGGUUCCAACUACCUUCAACGAAAUGUUCCUGUUCAAUGCGGCCGUGAUGGGCUUUGCUGACAGCACCUGGAUGACAUUGAUUCUCGACCAGUUCCACAACAUCGUGACCAAUGUCGCCAACUCCUACCGUUUGCAAGAGGAGUGCGAUGUGCUGACACUGGUGCUCGACAAGCACGAGGGGCAGGUUCACCUGUCGGAGUUCAAGGCAGUUAUGCUGUCAUCUUUGCGCUCCCUGGUCCCGAAAGAAUGGGAUUCCGAACAUGAGGUAGCAUGGAAUUGGUUGUGGGAGAACGUAGAGCGUAUGCUCAAGUCCCAUAUGGGCAAGCCACACAGCCAAGAGAAGGCUUUAGAGCGUUUUAUUUCUGGUCUUUCACCUGACGAUGUUACACAGCUUCGGCGCCACAUCUACCAGAAGUUCUUCCAGGUCGCCCCGGCCGGGCAGGACCAUUUUAAGCAGUCUACCACGAGACUGUACUUCAUCGCAGACAAAAUCUUCGAAAUGACGAUGGAAAUGUUUCACAGCCCUCGCAUGAUGGUGGAGGACAUCUCUGCUCUGGGUCUACGACAUGUAGGCUACGCCAUCCCGACGGAGCUCUUCGCUCCUUUUGUCUCGUGCGCUGUGGAAGCCGUGCGUAUGAUGACCACGGACGAGGUUGCAGAGGCUGCCUUCCGUUGGUCCUUGACGCUGAUUUCCAAGAUCUUGGUGCGCACUAUCCUUGAGGGCAGCACCAUCGUGAUGAAAGCCAUCAACACGAACCAGGCAAAAGCUCUGAAGAAGGCAGUGGCUAUUGCUCCGCGAAGCAAGCGCGCAAUGGAGCUGUUGAACAUUACGGUGGGUACCCAGUCCAUCUCUCCCUUCUAUUGGGCCAUCGAAAGUGGCAGUUUGGAGUGUGCCAGGGCCAUGAUCCAGGAUUUGCUGACGAUCCGUGCCGACAGAGACAGCUACUACUACGGCGUUGAUCAUUUAUUCACACGACACCCCGAAGUGGUUCAACGCCUCUGUGCCAUCGCUCCGCAGCUCCUUUGGCCUCUUCUGGACGGACUCGUCUGGCGCUCUCGCCAGGCUCUGGGUGGAAGACGCCGCGUGAACUACUAUGUGAAGAAUUUGGUGCAGGAUCUUAACAGCAACUUCAACAUGGCUUUGGAGUGGUUGGUGGAACGACAUGACCCUAAGAUCAUUUGCCAUCCAUGCGUUGUGAUCUUCGCUGACCUUUUGUGGACUCGGCUGGCGCAGUACAAUUUCCUGUUAAGCCGAUGCUACUUCCUGUUCUCGCUAUGUGUUUUCAUUGCAGGCCAAGCAAUCUUGGGAAAAACCGACGGGACUUUUGAAGAGCGCGUGGCUACGUUUUGCUGUCGAAUCUUCAUCUAUCUUGGCAGCAUGUGCCGCAUCCUCUACAGUCAGAUUCGACUCUUCUAUGAUGACAUCAAGGCUGGUUCCAUUGAUCGCACAUACAGGAUCCCGAUUCCAAUGUAUCUGCUCAAUCCGCAAGACUUUGGAAACCUCAUCCUGCUGAUCAUUCUCAUGCUCAUGUGCGCACAGGAGCCAAUCUUUCAUUGCUUGUCGCACACAGAAGAAUUUGGUCUCUUCUCCGUCAAGUGUGCAGACCGUGGGCACAAGGACAUCUACGCAGUAUUCUCUGGCGUGGCAAUGCUCUUGUACUGGCUCCUCCUCAUCAACUUCAGCAUCUUCUCCAUGCAGAUCUCGGCGUUUGUUCUGGUGUGUGGCAGGGUGCUGACAGAGGUUUUCCUUUUCUUGCUGGCUGCGCUCUUCUUGCUUGUCUCCUUCGCAACGGCUAUUGCGGCAAUGAACCACAGCUUGAAGGAUUUCAGUCGUAUCGACAAAGGAAUGGAGUCGCUGCUCGAGAUGACACUGAGCAUGUAUCCGAAUGAGGCCCUCAAAGAGGUUCUGACACAGUCCGUGUGGGUGGAGAUGUGUAUCGUGCUGUUCACCAUCCUGAUCUCGGUUGUGUUUCUGAACCUGUUGGUGGCGCAGUUGAACCAGGCAUACAACCUGGUUCAUGAAGAUAUGCAAGGAUAUGCACGCUUGACCCGUGGAAGCAUCAUCGUCUCGACUGUCGAAUCAAUAUCUCGCAAACGUUGGAACGGCUUCUUGCAGAGCCUCAACUUCGAUCAACGAUUGGAGUUCAAUGAGGGCGAUAUCGGUCUGGCAGGCGGCAUUCAGGUCUUCGAGCCGGCCAACGCCAACCCGACGACGGUGGAGACCGUGAGGCGCUUUGGUGGAUCCACGGCACCAGGCGUUCCCUGGCCAGAGGAUCCUCUGGACGCAGGAGAAGAGGAUCGCCUGGAGAAACUCGAGAAGAUCGUGGUGAAAGCCAUGAAGACGAUCACGGACAAGAAGGGCGGCUCCAUGGGCACCGGAUUUUCGGGCGUCUCGGGUUUCCCGUCCUCAACAUCUGGAAGUGGACUCAGCUCUGGAGGCGGAUCCUCCGAUGGAGCUGGAAGAAGCGGGAUGAGUCGCUGA